GCGGGAGCGAAAGGAGGGGAAGUUAUAGUUAAGCAACUAUGGACCGUGACCCAGAAGGUCAGCAUGUGAUGUCCCUGAAACUUUCCAGAGUUCUGAGGGAUAUCGGCGUCACCAGACAAAUGGUGGAUCGGAAGCGGGGAACAUUCCUGUUUAUUGAGAAGUUUACAACUGUAAAGGAAUCAAUAACAGAUAAUACAGAGGUUAACGCGUUUGUCUUCGGUAGUCAAUCGGAAGGAACAACGACUAUAGACAUGAAAUCAGACACAGAUAUGCUACGAUGUUUUAACAGUUUCAGUGUUAUAAAAGAUUGGUCAGAAUGGGAGCCAGGACAGUUCUGUCUUCUGGUGAUAAAACACGAUUAUUCUCCGCCCCAGCACUGCUGUCUGCAGAUGGUGGAUUCUUACCGUCCUUUGCCCCUCACACAGGACAGUGUGCCAGAAGAAUUGGAUAUAGAGGAGACAAUGGACGGCAUGGUGCUACUGAAAAACACUUGGGUGGAUAAUAUUUUAAAGAAAAAUUAUGGCUCUUUUUUUAGGAAACAAGGGCCAUCAAGAAGUUAUAAAAAAGAUUUAGACUUGAUAGACGCGUUUAGAUACAGUGGACUGUUGUUCGAAUGCAAUUUCCUAUUCACAAGACCCAAGCCUGGUCAUUGGCCGAGACCUGAAAUACUCGCAAAGGCACAUGAGUGUGACACAUUCCUCGUCCCACAAGGACACGCCGAGAGUGAUCAGUCACAACUGGAAUGGAGGUUCUCUACGUCACUUAUUGAAAGAUUACUCAUGUUUGAUCUCAACAUUUUGAAAAUACAGGUUUAUACAUUUCUAAAGAUAUUACGAAAGUCUUUUUUCAAACCGUUAGUAGGUGAUAGACUGAGCACGUUUCAUUUCAAAACCGCUCUUUUGUUCACCCUUGAGACAUAUCCUCCAGAGAUCUGGCAGAAACGUAACCUGUUGCAGUGUGUUAUAUACUGCCUGAAAACUCUUCAACGAUGGUUCAACCGUCGGCACUGUCCACAUUACACGAUCUCGGGAGUGGACUUGUUUGUAGGAAAACUGCGAACAUGGGAUUUUCCUAAACUGUCAGCGGUUCUGUCUGACAUGAUAGACAACAUCAUGGACUACGUCCUCCAGAUAGAAAUGGACCAGAUAGGGGACAGGAUGGGUGACAGAUGCAGAGUAUUCAGUACAAGAUAUGAAAACACAUUAGCUACAGUGAGGUACUACUUUGGUACGACUUUAAACAAUAUAUUCAAUUUUUAUUGGAUAUCCACGUAUAAAAGGAAUGAUAUUUAUGAAACAAAUGGAAUUAUCAUAAAAGUUCAGGAGACUAUUUUUGAAUCCGAUUUAUGGGCAGAAUUACAGCAUGCACAGAAGUUUCUAUACCAAGAUCUUGCCUCCGUGACAGCAUCAACGUGUCUUCGCCUGAACAAUCCAAUACCACCAGACGUUUACCGCCUGUAUGAGGCCUCCUUGGACUCAGAUCUCACCUCCAGUAGAUUGAAGUUGGCAUCUACGAUGUACUGCAGUGGUCAGUAUGAGAGGGCGGCAUUAAUUUUGACCUACACCGAGGUUCUGCUGCAUGCCGAUGUGUCUCAGUGGAGUCCGUGUUAUCGGUCGGAUCAUGUUGAAACUGAGAGGUUUCUACAAACAGUGUAUGCAUUACCUUUUUUGGAAGUGAUAAAACGGCAUGUUGCAUGCAGCGUUGUUUUUACUUCUUUAGAAAUAUGUUGUAUACCUGGGCUCCUAGUAUACGAGAUGCAUAGAACGAUCAGUCCUGAAGAUUUCCACCACAGACAUCCAGGAUCAGAUAGAUGGAUGGACCUUGUUGUCAUUGACUCUAAACCAUUCAUGUUCUACCUGCAGUACCUCACAUUCAGACAACUGGGAGAAGAAGAAAGAAGACUGGAAGCUCUAAGCAAAUUAUAUUCUUAUGUUUUUGUAGAGAGUAGAUGGCGUGGUCAUAUAGAGACAGCCCUUCAUGUACUCGGCAAUUGCUUUGAACUAGAGAACCUGUAUAAUUUGGCAUGGGCAUGCUACAGAAAAUCCAUCAAGCUCUUUCCUUACAACAACGCAUCAAGCUGGCACAUAGCCUUGGCAUGUUUCAGAGAAUAUUUGAAACAAUUCCCGACAACAACGCAUCAAGCUGGCACAUAGCCUUGGCAUGUUACAGAGAAUAUUUGAAACAAUUUCCCGACAACAACGCAGCAAGCUGGCACAUAGCCUUGGCAUGUUACAGAGAAUAUUUGAAACAAUUU